AUGUCAAAGACGCCGGUCGCCGCGUCGGUCAAGAUCCGUAGCGCCGUCCGGGCUACAGGAAUCGCCAUCAUCGUCAUCGCCGGGUCAUGGUGGGGUGCCGGCCUCCGAACCAACCAAGAUAACCAAAAGGAGAUGAAGCGCAUACUCGAAGCUCCCCUCGAAGAAAAAGUCGCCGUCCUGGAAGCCCAGAAGCAGCACCUAUACUCUCAACAGGCCCUUCUCCAGCAGAAACUCGACAUCUUCCACGCGAAUGUAAGAGAGCGCGAGGCUGCCGCAGCCAGGAAGCGGGAAGCUACCGCGCAAGAAUCGGCCAACCGGUGA